AUGUGCAGAUGCGGCAAGAGGCUGGGCCAAUGGGGCCGUGGCUGGGGCGUGGUAGCUUGGGUCACUGAAACUGUGAAUCUGGACGUUAUUCUUGAACCAAAAAGCCCUGCAGCCCAGGGAUGGUGGAAGGAGGAGUACUUCCUCACGCGAGAUGCGGCUCACGCCCAGGUGCUGAAACUGAGUUUGGCAUCGCGACUUCGUGCCGUGGGCUGCGGCGCAUGGAGUGCCAUGAGGAAGAAUGAAGCGGUCAAAUCCUUGGCGCGUUGGCUGGCAAUUUUCUGCGUGAGGGCGGCUGCGGCCGUGCGUUUGCGUUUGUCCGAGCUGGACGUGCAGUUCAUGCUGCUACAUAUGUAUCAGGUGACCUUUGCGAACGAGGAGUCUGCCUGGACUCGCAAGCGCAAUUCAGACUUUCUAGCUCUGCAGCUGAAGGUGCAGCAGGCCAUUAGUGCAGCGUAUUCAGACCUUGUCCCCAGGCCUAGCCUACAAAGACGCUUUUGCAUUUUCUUCGUGCAGUUCCAGCCACAUUGGUCUGUUCAGAGCUACUCCAUGGUGACACGGUGCUUCAUGCGCGCGUGCCUUGUGGUGGCCAAUAUUUUUGGCCGUGUGGCGCUGUCCGUGAUCUGCUUUUUGGUUAUAGGAGACACACGUGCGCGGAGCACUGUGUCUUGUACACCUUCAGGAUCCAAAAGGCAAUAUGUUGAGGGUGUCAUCGGAGGAAUUGGCAUCCAACUGCUCUUCUCGUUCAUCUCCAGGCUCCUGCAGCUGAUUUGGACUGCUGUCCUCCUUCUCUUCCACAGCCGUGAGUUUAAGCAAGACGUGGAGUGGGAUGCGAAGUCCCGACAAAAGCAGGUGAACAAAUGGUGGCUGCAAGAUAUUGCCUUUGCCGUGCUGAUGUCGUUGUACUCCUUGGCCUGCUGUUUGUUGGGUACCGCCUACAUUGCCAGCGCCUCUGAUGAGGACGGACAACGAUGGCUAACGAGCUUUGCCACGAUGGUGAUUCUGACUGUACUGGUGGAGCCCUUGACUAAGAGCUUGCUAGCUGCUGGCCUGGCUGGAAAAUCAAUGCAGGAGACAGGAGGCAUCGGUUUGCAAGAUUGCUUGGGGCUGCACCAUGGGCCGGCCGGGGUGGACCUGCAGCCGAUUCGGGAGGUUGAAGAGGCCCCCAGAGCCCCAGAAUGCGCACUGCCAAAUCGAUCUCCUUCCGCGCCAGCGCUAAAUAGUACCAAGGAUACCAAGGAGCCAGAUUUAUCGCCUGUCGCCAGUGCAGGUUUGGGAUCCUCCGCCAAUGACAUCAACGGCUCCAAUGGCUUGCCAGCUAUCCAUGCCUGGAAAAGCAGCCCAAUGAUCCCAAUGGAGGUGGGCCGUUCAAAUCCGCGAGGUCAACGUGAAAGCUGGCGGCGUCAGAGCAACCCUUCGGUGGAUGCGAACGAUGCGGAUGGAGCGGCUCCAGCCCGCCAACGAUGA